UUAUCGCGGAGUUGGGCGACGCACGAUGCGUGUGGUCAUAUUUUUACUAUUUUUCAUCUCUGCGUCGUUCGGUGAUUUAGAUUUUAAUUCUAAGACUAGAAAUUUUAGUGUCGAACUUUUCUAUCACACCCUGCAAGGUUCAGAUCGAGAUGUUGUGAUAUCACCUUAUAUCGUUUGGUCUUUGCUUAUAAGUAUGGCGUACGAAACGGCGGGAAUGACCUGGGAAGAAGUUUCGAAGGUGUUUUUACUGACGGAGGACCGAAGCGAAAUCGUGGAAGAGUUCAUGAAACUGAGAACGUCAGUGCUCGUGAACGAAGGCGCGGCUAUAAAUUUAUUAAAUUUCCUUUUUUAUGACGAACAUUUCAAAGUUUAUUCUGAUAGUAUAAGGAGAUUAGAGGAUGAUUUUCGCUUCAUAACUCAGCGUCUCUACUUCGAAGUGCCUCAGCAAGCGGCGGGGUCGGCGAUGCGCACCCUACGCUCAUACGACGUACCUCUCAGGACAUUGAUAAGAACCGAAGAUUUCGUAGAUUCGACGAUGAUCAUGUGCAAUUAUUUAUCAUUCACUGCGCGAUGGUUGAAGCCCUUUAACGUUUCGGACACGUCGCAAGAUCAAUAUAGAGAUGGCAACGAGAUGGGAAAAGCGAACAUGAUGUAUAUGAAAACUCGGCUUCGUUCCUCGAACUUUGAGUCGCUGCACGCCUCCGUCACGGAAUUGCCCUACAGGGGUGACGGUAAAUACUGCAUGCUUCUUGUGCGACCUUACAGCGGAUAUGACGUCAGACAUGUCCUCGAAAGCCUCAGAGGAGUCUCGUUGAAGGAUGUCCUCGACACGCUGCAACAGGAAGCCACCGAGCUCGGCCUGAGGGAGGUGGAGGUAAAGUUGCCGCGGUAUGCGACCAAUUCAAGGGUUAUUUUAAACAUGCCGUUGUUUAAUAUGGGACUUUCGGAUGUUUUCGACAGGAAUUUCGCUAAUUUCAACAAUUUUGCUGAAGACAAAAUAUACAUUGGUGAAAUUGCGCACAGAGUGACCAUCGUCAUUACGGAGUCCGAGACGAUAGUGCACACCACUACACCGGCGUAUGGGCUCAACACAAGAGGUCCAGUGAAGCGGAUUCCUGUGAAAGAGCCGUUUAUUUUCUUUAUAAUAGAGAAGUCUUCUGCUACUGUACUCUUUGGCGGAUCAUAUUCCAAAAUCGAUUUAUUUUAGAGAAUUUAUCACAACGAAGCCGGGGGCAAAUACUUGUUUUGUUACCUAAAGUGUGUUGACUGUUGAACGAGCGACGCAAUCCUUUUGAUGGGCUCACCGAAUAUCUUCGUGUAUC